AUGUCGGUGGUUUCGACUGCGACAACCGGCACCGAAUCCACCAAAAAGGUACAUUUUUGUGGAAAAUUUAAAAAAAAGUCACUUUGAAUAUGGAAAUAAUAUUAAGCUAGUUUGGGUCAUAUGAACACCAGAAUAUUAAAAAAAGCUCCUUAAAGUGAACCGCAGUAAAAAUUUGUCUCAACCGGAAAUUUCACCAAUUUUGGAAAAUACAUUUCUCUGGAAAGAAAGCUCUAAAUUAGAAUCGAUUAUUUCAAACUCAAACUUCAGAUAUAAACAUAUAUAAUCGCAGAGAAAAUAAUCUGAAAGGGUGGCUCGCCUUUUUAAUGACGCACAAGUUAAAUUUUCAGACACCUGAAAAGUUUUGCAACAUUUAGACAUUGGCAAAAGAUCGGAAUAGCCUUCCACCCGCGUGCGUAGUAGUGAAAAUAAGCAGAUGUUUUUUUCAGAAUGAAAUUUGCUUCAAAAAGCCGUAUAAAUGUCUAGAAAAUGUCCUAGACUUUCUCGGUUUUCAUUUCUGUCUCCUUCUACCACUUUGUUUUUCUCGAAAGGUUCUAGCCGAAUGAUUUUAAUUCCUUUUUUUCCCCCUUUUGGAUCAAAUGUUAAAAAUUUUUUAGGAAUAGUUCAAGGUACCAAAAACAUCUUGUUAAAAAAAAACUUGAUAGUUUUGACCCAUGAAGCAGUAAGUUGGCAAUUUAUCAAUGAUCAGGCUUUACAUCUUUUGGAAUUCGAUAUUAGAAAUAGUUAUUGUUUUCAGUUCUAUCGAACUGUUGUGAAAAUUCAAUAGAUAAAACCAAAAGUUGAAAAAAAAGCUUUACCAAAAAGUAUGUUUUUUGCCUUUAUUUUAGAAGUUGACUAGAUGUAGAACUAGAAGACUUUACAGGGUCAAGAAAGUUUCUUGUGGCAAUCAGUAUGUUAUUAUGUAUUUCGAUGGCUCGAAUAUCAAUUUGUUACGAUAAAAAAGAAGAAUGACGUAACCGGCGACGAUCUUCCGUUCUACUUUUCGGCGAAAUGUUUUUGCUUCUUGAACUGUGAAAUCUAGGCUGUGUGCCGUGUGUUGUGUUCAUCUGAUGUGCCCAUUACGACGAAAAGAACUUUCUUCUUUCUUUCAACUGGUGAGAGAAAUCAAGACGAUUGGAUCUCCCUCGAUUUUUGGUAUCUUCACCGGUCAAUCGAGAUCAUUUUUUCAAGAUUUUUUGGCUUGAUGAUUCCUUCUCUAUUACUGUAGUGGCCAUUUUAGAAUUAUUUCCUUAUAACUUUAAGAUCGACUCCCUAGCUUUUUUUUUAGCUGUUUUUUUUAAAAUCAAAUCAAAAGCUUUAUUUUCAAGCAAGUCUCUCGGAAAAUUCCUCAAGAAAUACGGCUUGCAGUUAACAGAAUUCACUGUUUGAAGUAUAGUUCAUUUUAAAAAUCCUUGCACAAAUUUUAAAGGAACAUAGAGAGUUUAUUGAAUUCCCAAGGCGAAAUUUAAUUCUAAUUGUUGUUUGAAUCCGUUCUAAACUUGUACACCUGUGUGCGAAUUUACAAGGAUUUUUAAAAGGUCAAAACUCUUAUAAGAGUAAAAAAGAGCGUGACGUAAAAUAGAAAUGAGAGAAAAAUAGACAUUUUGCUGGAUCGGUUUGGGACAGCUUUAAUUGGUUUGAAAAAAAAAAGCAGCUGCCUGGGCGAUUUUUGUUUGCGAUCUUCUACGUCAGAAGGCGACGACGACGUCAAAUGUUCGUUUCGCGGAAAAAUAAUGAUCGAAAAAAGAGAGAAGAACGAUUUUUGUGACCCUUUUUUCGACGUCUUCAUUCGCCCAACUUUGGUCUCUCACGUGCUUUUACUCUGACACAUUGAUAGAUUGUGGUUGAUUUCGUGGGUAACCUUGUGAAAUUUCAACCUCUAAGCACAAGUUUUCUGAUUUUUAGUUUGGACUAUGCUUUUUUUGUAAGAUCAAACUUUAUCUUGAAGUUGAUACCAUGUUUUUUAUCGAGAUUAAAAUUUAUCCAACUAUUUUUGAGCCUUUUUUUCGAAACCAACGCUGUUAGUUUUGCGGGCUUCUUUUUUUAUAAAAGAUUAAGGAAUCCAUACAAAAAAAUGUUUUUUUGCUAAAUUUUUUUGCAAAUGGAUAUACUUUGAUUUCAUUAAUCCCGGUAAAAGUUUUUAAAUCCGGAUAACUUCGGUGAAAAAUCGCUUCAAUAAUUCUUUUUUCGAACUUUCAUCACUUUUUUCUUUGCAAAGUUCUAACUUCCUACAAGAAAGGUUCACCGUUCAUCUAAACUUUUUGUACGCCUUAAUGAAAGUUUAAAAUUUUUUUGAGCAUCAUUUAAAAUAAUGGAAAACGAGAAGCUUGGUUUUACAUUCCCAAAUCAUGAUUUUUUUUAAGUUUUUCAAAUUUGAGACUUCCCUUUCGACGUCAAAAUCGUAGGUGCAAUUGAAACAGAACUUUUUUUUUUGAAACCCUUCAUUUUUGAUUGGAAACUGGUGUUUGAUGAAAGUUUUCAACUAUAAUUGAUAGGUUUCUUCUUCCUCUACCUUAAUCUUUUGUAGGAUUUCUCUUCUCAAGACCUUUCCGAAGACCUCUCGUCCCUGCUAAAUCUUCAUUCUUUCGCUCUGAAGAAUCUGCAAACAUUUCUUAUUUCUAUUUCUCGUCGAUUCUAGAUCUCAUUUCUCGUUUAUACAGAAGUUUACUUUAAGUUUCGAAAUGAACGAAGUGGCGAAUCCUUAUGCGCCAGAACUCAAUGGAUAUUUGCGGGAUUUACUCCAGCAAAUGGUAAAUAUAUCUACCGCGAGAAUUCUUAAAUUAUUUUCAAUCCGAAAAUUGGCUGAAGUUAUACUAGUAUCAGUUUUUAGAAAAUUCUUUGAAGAGUUUGUGAAAAAAAACUUGAAUUUUAACAGAAAAGAGAGGAAGAAUGUUCAAAAAUACAAUUUUUUGGGAAAAGUCGGAGCAAUAAGCUUUUUAAAAAUACAGAGAUUACGUGAAGAUGUUUGAACAAUUGGCGCCGUGGGCAUUUCUCAUUAACUCAUUGUUCAUUUUUAGCGCGUCCAAAUCAUGGACAACCCCUCGCCGACCUACGGCCUGGAGACGCCAAAUCCCAAAUUGCUCUUCACGCCUCUAGGUAUUUGGUCUUUCCUUCUGAAUGUCGUGUGCAGUGAAAUGUGGUUGCAAUCCUGUGUUUUUCAAGUUUUUAGCACCUUUUCUCAUUUGAACUUUUGAAAAAAUGUAAAUUUCGGAACCUCAUCGUCCUCAAGAUUUCAAAAAAGUUGAUUCAAAAUUAAAGGUCACCCCCCUUCCCCUUUUUAGUUUUUGCAUGAACUCACGUGUUGGUUUUGCACUUGCACCGACAUUCCCCGAGUAGCGGCCCAAGCCAACAUUACAGUUUCGGAUCUGCCGACGACCGCCGAACUCAUGCAACGAUGUCUGCACGUGAACCCGUUCGAGGCCAAGUUCCGCGAGGCCAACCAACGGAUCAACAACUCGAGCUCGUUGAAUGCGGCCGUCAGCAGCGCCAACAGCACCCUGGAGGCGAUGGAGGCCAACGGCCUGGUUCCCAUGGCCAGCGGCUGUCUUCCCACUAGCGCCACUAGUGAGUUAUUCAUGUUGGAAAACGAAAAAAAAGUAUGAAAAUACACAAUUUUCUCACUACUGCUACUAGGGAGUUGUUGGUGAGAAGAGGAGAUUUUUGAUUGGAAAAUAUCACCAAAUAUAAAAGAUGUUACAAGACGCUUGGGAUUUGAAUCUUAAUAAUAAAGCCCUAGAGAAACGUUCACGGAUCAUCAUGUUUCGAGUAGUAGUUUUCCCCUUUAUUGAGCGUAGAAAGUUCAUAAAAAGAUUAUCGAAAAGAAGUUGAUUCUUAAUUUGAAUAUAUAAGCUUAGACUUUCAAAAAAAAAUUAUCUAAUUUUUUGUCAUUUUUCCUUUCAAAAACUGGUUUUCGGAGACUCAAAUGGACUCUGUUUUAAGUGGAUCAACUCUUUCUUCACCAGAUAAUAUACUUCGAGACUUUCUCCAAAGUUAGAGUUUCAGUGACGGAUCUCCUCCUGAAGUUGCCACCGUCGACGUUACAACAAUCGCCCGGGAUUUUUUCCAAUAUUAGGCAAGAAAUAUUUCCCCAGUCAGAAAGUCAAGUUUCUCUUUUUAAGUAUAUUGGCAGCGACAAACGACCACGAAGGAAUCACUCAUGAAAACCUCAAAACGGCCGACAUUUCCAAGUUGCUGUCCGCAGUGAGUGCUGUCAGUAACGUUUGCUUUUUUACCUUCUUUUAUUUUGUUUUAACACGGGUUCUGGCCGAGAAAAUGACAUUUAUGGCGUUGAUAAAACCGCUUUCCAACCUUUUGUGUCGUACCUCCUCCGUUGCUGCGAACCCCGAGAAUGCAAAAUAGUGAGGAGUGGUGUAUCGAAAAAAAUUUCUCCAAAAAAAGAGUUCUCUACGUGGUUUUCCGCUGAAAAUUUUAAUUUAUCGCAUUCGUAAAGAAUAUAAAGUUCGGUUUUUUUUUUUGGAAAUGGUUCUUUUAGCUUUUUUUUUUCUCUCGUUGAAAAAAAAACGGGUAGAAUAUAUUUUUGAAUGCGGCGAAUCGCGAAUCGAAAGGGCAUUUCAAAUGCGACCGUUCGAAAAAUUUUUGUCUGAACUGAGUGGGAAGAGAUCCUUUUCAAGCGAUAAAAUUCAAGUUUUUGGUCUAUUUUCAAGCUAGAAAAAUAAAAAUAAGAGGAAGAGGUCCAAAAACGAUAACUUGGAUUCCUUUUUGCCCUAUUUUUUAUCGUGGGAAGAAAAAGAAAUGCAUUUAAAAAAAAGGGUGAAUGGCUUUCAUGCAACCCAAACCCGUGUUUUGUUCAUUCUCAACCUUUCCAACUUAGCAAUCAAUUUAAAGGCCGGCGAUUCCGCUGGACAGGCGCCAAGAACGGCCGACGUUCUAAAUGCUGUCCUCGACAUGCAUUCCGACCGGUUACACACCAUCAACUACAUCAACAAGUCAUUGGAUCUUCAAUAAUUGAGAUUUCAUCGACUUUUUUUCUUCAGACCGGACUUUUCGGCUCUUAUGAAUCCUUCUUCUUCGGCCCCGAACUCGGCGAGUAUACUGAGCAACGCGAUUUGUGCACCUUCUACCAGUGGCGGUAUCGAAAUGGAAAAGUUGAAUCAUAUCUCACUAUUCACAUUUUAGGAUUAUUAGCGCCACCGUCAAAAACAACGCCAGCUCAUUCGCCGAGAGACGGCGCCGAGUAAGUUCGUAGGAUCAAGGAAAAAUUAGGAAAUGGGAAGAAUAAAUAGUAAUUGAGGCUACCGGACCUUUCAGAGAACAGACUUGGUUGGUAACAAUUCUCUUAAAAGUAAAAAAAAAAUUAGAACUUCCGAGCCACAGCUUGAAAACGGUUUUGUAUUGUUUGGAAUUGAGCAAAAUCUCUUUGUAAAAUACUCGAGUCUUCAAAAAUUCAAAGAGAAGAAUCAAAUUCCUUGCUGAAGUUUUCAUCACCACAAGCAUGAAAACACGUUUCUCGGCGAUCAUCAGUCAUAAGAAAUCUAAGGAAAAAUGAAAACACGUUGCUCGGCGAUCAUCAGUCAUAAGAAAUCUAAGGAAAAAGUAUUUUUAAAAUGGCAAUAGUAGGAAACUGGGUGAUAUUCUCGGAGUUAUGAGCAAAAUGACAAGAGAUGCUCUGAAACGCUAACCAGCAAAAAAUUACAGGGCUCGAGGACAACACAACGGACAUUCGCUGCAUCACCCGCAAAGGUCGCCUGCCGGGUCCGACGUCUCCUCGGUGUCUCAGUCGAGUGUCGCCGCUGCUGCAGCUCAUCUGGCCUCCAUGAACCCCAACCUGCUCGAGCUCGCCGGCAUCCGAGGCAGCAACGCCAACUUCAGCGACUGGGAUCCUCGUGACGUCAAACCGCCGGUUUCUAAGCCGGUCAGAGCUUUUCCUUCAAGCAUUUUCGUGAGAAUUGCUCUGAAAUUUUUUAAAAGUCGCUGUAAAACUUGCUGUGAAACAACAAGUUCGCUAGAAAUCCAAAAUAGUAAAAAUUUAACAUCAAUCAAUCAGUUUUCCCCUGUUAUAUUAUUGAAGCAGGAUAAAUCGAAAAAAUUUUCGAAUAUUCCUAUCGUAUGUCGCUUUAUUAGGAAAACAAACUGCCGAACUAGGUUGGUCUUUUUUUUUACCAAGAAAGAGGGGAAUCAAACAGGCCAUCAUUGGUUUCUUAUCAUUUUUAGUGGACAAACGAGACUUUGAUCUUUUUAAGUUUUUUUUUUCUCUUUUUAAAUUCACCUACUUGACGAAUAAGGGAUAUUCUAUUUUUUUUCCAAAAUUUAUCUAUUAAUCGGGCCUCAUUUUUUCAGAGUGAACUUGGUUACUUUGGCGAAGUCGGGAUGAAUGGCGGCUCUUUGAUGCAGCUCGACGACUUCAAGCCCGACCGCAACCGACAAUGGUAAUUUAGAGGAAAAAAGAAGACUUCUAGAGUCAAAUAGCCUUUUGAAGUGGAAAAUUCCAGUUAAUUAGCUUGGAAAUUGAAUAUUAGAUCAAAAAGCUGAAAAUUCAAGAAAUUUGUUGUUUUGAUCCAAGCCCUAAAAAAUUUUCUUUUAGAGCUUGAAGACCAUUUUUCAUACUUCACGAAAAUGUCGUCUGAUCAAUUGAUGUUCAAGUAUAGCUAUUUCUUGAAAUUUAAACCUGAAACCGUGAAAUCGUAGAAAUGAUCCCUCGAAUUCGCAACUUUUUGCAGCGUUGGCUCAAGCGGAUCCGAACGGGAGAUGACCCCAACGACGAGCAACGGACCGACGCCUACUCCAGGACGCGGACGGGGUCGUGGUCGGUCGACCACCGCCGAUAUGCCGCCCGAUGAGCGAAGGUCCGCCGCAAUUCCUUCCAUGUCCUCUUUUUGUGUUCUAUGUAGUUUGUUCGCCGCUUUUUUGUACCUAUAUUAUCUUUUUUUCGAAUUUUUAACAAUCUCCAUUUUUUUGAGACAAAAAAACCGCUUGAAAAAAAGAUACUAUUUGUUUGAAAAAUCUAAUUUGCGGUUCAAAUUAUCGGUGAACAGAGUUUAGUCGUUGUGAUGGUUCAAAACUUCUUCAUUCUUUCUCAAAUUUUUGAAUUUCUUUAUAUUUUAUAGUUAUACAAAAAAAUUAACUGUAAAAAAAGCACUAGAAAAAAACUACCCUUUGGCUUAGAACUUUUUGAGCAUUGGCGCGCUAUUGAUAAAUCUUGAACUUUUUAACUUUCAAGUUUUUCAAAGUUUAACCUAGUUAAUGAAAUUUUGCAGUUCAUCAAUUUUUUGAAUCUGAUUUUCCAUUGAAAUUAAGUUAUUUUGACAUUAAGAAAGUAUUCUUGAAAACUUUCCAUCAGUUCAAUCCUUCUUCAAAAAAUUAUUUUUUCCUUUUCCUCGUACCCCCACUAUCUCUGUGUUUGUUGAUUGCUUGUGCGACGACUUUGAGUUUGAUCAACCCGAACUUAUAGUAGUGCACAAUGCAGGAUGACGAUUCUGGAGCGGAACAAGGCCGCCGCGGUUCGGUACCGCAAGCGCAAGAAGGAGGAGCACGACGACAUGAUCGGUCGUGUGCAGGGCCUCGAACAGGACAAAGCCACCCUAGCCGUCAGUUUUUUUAAAGAUUGUUACGGAAAACAUUAAAAUGAAAAGGGAGAAAAGUAGAUUUCAAGUUUGUGUGAUUUUAUUGAUACUCCUCCUUAUACGUCAGUCGCAAAGAGGAAACUUUUUUUGAAAUGAAUUUUUUGAUUUGAGAACCUUUUUAUCUCGAAAAUUCAGUCGUUCUCCUGUGAGAAAAUUUGUUUUAAAAUAAUUCUAGUUAACUUGAUUAUUUUUUUUCAAUCCAAGACAUUUUUCAGACGCAAAACCAAGUGCUGCGACGAGAACUCGAACGAGUGACGGCGCUGUUGCAAGAAAGAGAACAACGGUGCGUCUGUCUGAAAGGAAUGCCUCUCAGCGACGACAACAGCUCGCCGGUAGUUUUUUUUUCCGUUUUUGAAAAGAUUUAAAGGUCUUAUAUGUGGUAUUUGAGUUCUCUGGAGCUGAAAUAAGGCUCUGAAACAAAGAAAUAUGCUCUCUAUGCUAUGGUAAAAGUAGAAAAAUUAAUUUUUGAAUUUUCGUCCGAAAAAAAUUCUUUGCUUUUAGAUUUUUCCAAACUGAUAAAAUUUUCUUUAAAUCUGUUUUGUGAAAUCUAACUUUUCAAAAUUUCAGCUGGACAUUCUGAAUCCUCACCGCGGGAUGUACAUGCAGGACACGCAGCAGCUGAUGAUCAACGGCCUCGGUCUCCACAAUGGAAUGCAAAUGAAGAGGCCCAAAAUGUAA